AUGGAUAGCGACCAAAGUAAAUCUAGCAAUGAGCUUUCGCCCUUGGCAUCAGCGCGGAGCCAAAAUGGCGAUGACCUCAUAAACACCAUCUUGCCAUCUUACCAUAUGUUCCAAUCGACUGUUUCCAAGAAGCUAGUUCCAAACGAAGAGAGCUUCAAAGAAGACCCUCCUCGAUAUGAGCUUUCGCCUUUGAAUUCAGCAGGACUCACACCAGUUGCAUCUCGAGCAGAAGGGGCACCGGCUGUCAACCUUGCUGCUGCCAUCGAGCAGGCGCAGCGUGGAUUAGUGGCUGGAGAAGAAGAGGAAGCAGGAGAAGGAGAGGCAGAAACAGAGGAUGUAUUCAAUCAGAAGUCGGCAGAUUUUUGGGACAAGACAAUUCUUGCAAAUGUUCAUAAUCUUGAUAAUCUCAGCGAGGAGAAGAAUGAAUUGGCACAGAAUCUCGAGGUAAACUUGGUGUUCACACAAUCAGUGUGUCAAGCCGGCGUGAGACCAGAUAUCAUUGAUGUAGCGCAGGCUGAACACCGCCAAGGAGAUUAUUUCCAUGGCUAUGUGACUAUCAAAAACACUUUCUCGAAGCCAAUACCGUUUGAUAUGGUCUAUGUCGCUUUCGAAGGUAUUCUUUGUGUAAAACCUCUACCGGUAGAUUUGAAGGAUAAAGUCCCGAAUCCAGUUGUGUUCAAGUUUCUCAAUAUGUUAGAUCUAUUUGCAUCCUGGUCAUACGCUAACAUUGAUCGUUUAGUCACAGAUAGUGGUGACCCACACGAUUGGUGUGAAGGCGAGACUGACCCGCAGGAUGGCACUCUUUUGUCCAUUGAUGUGAAAAGAAUGUUCAUGCCUGGAGUCACGUACAAGCGAUUUUUUUCUUUCCGAAUUCCUGAGAGACUUCUUGACGACUGUUGCGAUUUCCAUAGUCUUGACAUUCAUUGUCGUGUACCACCAUCCCUUGGAAAUGCCUAUAAUUUAAAUGGUUCGAACAAAUAUCACCAGACCAACUUUUCAUUCAAAGACUUCACUCAAGUUGGAUCUUUCAUAGGGUAUUCUGUCUCUGCUAGAGUGAUUGGAAGGGCUUCUCAAUAUGGCAUCAAGUCUAAAAACGAUCGUUAUGUUCUUGCUGCCGAAUCCAGUAUGCCUAUUCGCGUGAUACCCUACACAAUCUCUCAACUAUACACCACCAGCCAUAAUUAUGAGGUCAACGCAAACUUCAAAGAUCUCCUCCACCAGGCAACUUCAAAGAUCGAACAAGGUCAAUUGGUGGCUGAAGGCUUGAAGAAUGAGGGUGCGGGCACUCUUUCAUCAUUCAUUCCUUUGCAUGCCAAUAGUUCACGUACAUCGCUUUCGCUGAUCAAUGACAAAUUUCGUCAUCUAUAUGUUGCUCCAUCUCGUGCUGAUAAGACUCCCAAGAAAGAGGGCGAGCGCUUUUUCAGACACGUAAGUCUGUAUAAGAAAAAGAGUCUCACUGGCGCCAUUAAAGGAGCAGGUACCAUAUACAUUUCGACUCCGCAGGCCACCUACGAUUUUCCAUACAUUCCACCGCCAGAAUUUAGAAACCCAUUUCAAGGCUACAAGUCUACAAUUCGGGUGCCCAUCGAAUACUCAUACGUCUGUGAAAAGAACAAGAGUGGUCAUUCCAUGCCAAGAAUUAAAGAGAUCAGCUCUGAAUUGGUAGUUUUGACCAUUAGCUCGCGAAAACACGAGAUUCCUAUCGAAUUCAAUCACGAAAUGUGCUUUGAUGACGAGAUCAUUGACGAUAUGGGCUUCAAGAAGCCUGAGGAGCUUAACUCAUUUGAAACAAAGGUAAUCAAACCAUUUCAAACAUUGUACGGCUCACUCAUAUCUCUCAUGAAAAAGAUUGGGUUCGAUGAUUCUGCAUUUCGUGUGGAAACCAAGCUUUUCAAGGAUAUUAAGAGUUUGGCAUCCCUUCAAAUGAAGCGGAUUACCGUAGCAAUGUCAAGCGUUACUGUCUUCGAUAAUGAAUCGGGCUCUCUCAAGCAAUGUAACGACUUGCUGUCAUUGAACUAUGAAGUGGCAGAGUCACCUGUCAACAAGAACUUCGACAUUCAUUCUAAGAAACUUGAGGUUGAAAUAGACUUACGAGACUGCAAAUCGAAGGGCUUUACGGACAAUGACCCAAAGAAUGGCUUCGACCACAUGUGCCUUGUGCCUAGUUUUCAAAUGUGCUUUAUGUCUCGCAUCUACUACCUAAGACUUACAAUCAAGUACAGACAUGGUGUAACACAAAUACUCCAUGUGCCUAUAUCCAUCAACGGAUAA